UCUCGUUCAGUUCACGAGAAUCUGCUAAGUGGAUUGGUGCAACUAUACUUAGUUUAUCAGUGUUUGCAUUAUCAAUUUUUUUCGAAAGCAAUGAUUGUCAAAAAGUUGAGGAACCAAGUUUAGUGCUUUUAAGUGAUUUUAUUCAAAUUUUUUCGUUGAUUUAAAUUUAACGUGAGUUUCAUUUUAAAUCUAGUCUACUGUGAUCUCUGUAGUAUUUGACUGUGAUAUUUUUAUUUGAUUUUGUUAGUAAAAAUAACUGUGAUAUAAGGCAAUUUAAAAAUGACUUUAUGCACAAUUCCAACGGUCGGCGUGCGAUCCCAGGUUCGCGAAAGACGUCCUGGACGGCCCCCGAGUGGAAAACGUCUUGCCAUGGUCAGAGAUAUGCCAGCGAAAGUGAGAUCGGCGUUCAGACGCAGUCUGGACCCAUGUGAUAAUUCCAACGACAGCGGCUUAGGUUUUGACCACCAUGCGGAUCCCCUUCAUCUCAAUAGUAUGUCCGAACGACUUACCUGGAACGGCGAACGGGCCGAACCCAAGAGACUCAAAAUGGACAUAAAAUUAGAAAAUGAAGACGUCAAUGAUAGAUAUUGUUUUCCUGACACGCUGAGAAGUUGCAAAGACAGCACAACGUUGAUCCGCACGGCGCCUGCCGGCUCAAUCCCUUCCUUAAGUAUGAACAACAACCAGACGAGUUCUUCGGGCCGGGCAGUCCCCCGAUGUAUCCCUCUAUCAAAUCGGCAGCCCUCCUCAUCUCCCGUUCCUCUCACCACUCAAUUAAGUACGACUUCCAAAUACGCAUCCGAAGUGAGUCUGACGAUCGUCAAACAGCCCGAGCAGCAGCACAGAGCGAGGUACCAGACGGAGGGCAGCCGGGGCGCCGUCAAAGACCGCGAAGGGAACGGAUUUCCCGUCGUGCAAUUGGUGGGCUACUACCAGCCCACAACAUUACAAGUAUUCAUCGGAACGGACGUAGGCAAAGUAGCACCUCACAUGUUUUACCAAGCGUGCAAGGUCAGCGGCAAAAACUCGACCCCGUGCGUUGAGAAGAAAAUCGACGGCACGUGCGUGAUCGAACUGCAGUUGGAUCCGUCGAAAGAGAUGAGCGCGACGUGCGAUUGCGUUGGGAUUUUGAAAGAGCGAAAUGUCGACGUGGAGCACAGGUUUCCCGACCAGCUGGGGAACAGGAGCAAGAAGAAGUCGACGAGGUGUCGCAUGAUCUUCAGAACGACGCUGACGCAUGACGACGGCACGGUGGAGACGCUGCAAGUGUGCUCGCAACCGAUCGUGUGCACACAACCGCCCGGAAUACCGGAAAUCUGCAAAAAAUCGCUCACUUCGUGCCCUGCCAGCGGAGGCUUGGAGCUGUUCGUUCUGGGUAAAAAUUUUCUCAAAGAUACUAAGGUUCAUUUUCAACAAAUCGACGACGACAGACACAUCCGGUGGGAACAAGCCGUUGUUCCCGACAAGGAAUACCUGCAACAGACACAUUUCGUUUGCGUAAUUCCGCCGUACCGUAGACCCGACAUUACCGAGCCUGUAACAGUCAGGUUAUGCGUGGUCUCUAGCGGCAAAACUAGUGAGCCUCACCAGUUUGUAUAUACCCCUGUUAAUGGGGCUAUACCGAGCGUUCACGUUGAUCCUCCGCCUGCUACCACGCAAGCGCCCUUUUUUAACAAGAUGCUUUGGUCGUCGAAUAUCAGCAAGCGCGAGCAAGACUUGGGCAUGAUGCCCCCGCCAGAGUCCAGUCUGGUCCCCAUGGCGUCGCGACGCCCUUCCAUCAGCCUGCCCUCCACAAGCGACAACCUUUCGCCCCCUUUGCGCACCCUCAAGCAGGAGUACAUUGACGAGAACAGCCAAGGUUCCAUCGACCAUUCCGAACGCUACAGACACAUCUCGGAGAGUUCCCUCGACGUCCAUCCCGGCGACUCCAACAUGUCCAUGAUCAACGAAAACUCAAUCGACAUGCUGAGCCACAACAACAUGAUCAACGAAAACUCAAACAUGAGCGUCAGCAACGACGAAAUCAUGGUGCGCAGAGGCUCAAUCUCGCGCAGCGUUUGCGAAAACUCGAUGGACGUCAACUUGAGCAACUCGCAAAUGUCGGACAACUCCUGCAGUAACGUCAUGCAACAUUGCAGUAACUCAGUCGUAACGGACCGCUUAGUAUUAUCCCAACCGGUCCUAAUGCAGAACAUGCUAGUUUCGGGCGCGACUGCCGAAGAAUUGAAAGUCAUGGACUUGCGCAUGAAAAUGCCAAUGGCCACAGUGGCCGACUUGGGCAACAGCAGCGCCCCCUCAAUGGCCACGUUACAGAGCUUCGGCGUAACGGAAGCCAACAAUGCCCCACUGCCAGCGCAAAGCGCCCAAAGUGUCGAAAACUUCCUCACCAACAUUGAGGCAACCAAGGCGCUGUCGAGCGAUUUCCAAAUAAAGAAAGAUAAAAUGAACGAAAUUAUAAGCCCGUUUCGGCGAAAUAACAGCACGGAGCCGGUUUUCCUAAGCUCGCAGCGCCCUUUCCUCAGCGGAACCUCCGAGAGCGAGAACUUGCUAGUGGCCAAGAGCGAAGCUGCGGCAAUCGCCGAACAAACAAUCACGGAACAAGCCAGCGCAAUCACCACGAUUAGCACUAUUGAAAAUGUCGUCACGACGGAAAAGUUGGACCAACUUGUGAAUUCCACAGUUGAGUCGCAUAUUGGAAGUCCGACUCGUUCGGAACCGGUGAAUAAAACCAGCUCGGAUGACGUUAUACACGACGUUAUGCUCAAUUCGCGUUCGAGCCUAAUGGUGGCGCCGAUGAUUAACACGACUUUGCCGCCAAUGAACCAUGAUCUCAACCAGAACUCGGCGAACUUGUCGCCGGCGGUGAUUCUGAACUCGCAGAUCUCGCCGAGUCUGAUGUGUCGCAACGCGCCGGAGGCGCUCCUGCAGCCGAAUGUGACCGUGGAAGCGCACACAUCCCCGCUACAUUCCCCCGUUGCGAAUCCGCUGUCGCUCACUGCCGACCCCGAGAAGGUGGUGCUGUUCAAGGCCGCGGUGGAUCUGCUCGAGACGCAGAAGAAGAUCUCGGAGCUGGACAGCCGAAAGGCGAUGGAGAGCAAGGAGCCGAUGAUGAAUAAGAUGAUGAUGAACGAUAUCAUGACGACGUGCACCAGCAACGACGUGAUGCCUUCAAGUAGACUAAGUCAAUUACAAGGGAACAAUUUUGUACCACAAGCGCCACUUUUAAACACGGUACCGACGAUAGCUCAGGACAAUAAGUCUGAUUUUGUCAUACCAGUGCCUGUGAAAGAGAUGACUGGUGUCGCUGAUAAGAAGAACGAGGAUAGGAUGAUCCCGCAGUCGUUCACCUCGCUCACUGAAAACGAACUGAUCAACUUGAUAAACCCUAGUUGUUUCGACCAAGGUAAUAACAGCAACUAUCACUAGCUUUGUAACUAAGUGUUCUUUCUCCUUAAUGUAGCACCAGUAGUUACUAAAAGUGUGUGUAGCACUAGUGUAUAAAUGUAUUGGUGGACAAAUCAAACAUCCGAUUAGUUGUAUAAGUUUGUUUUGUAAGAGACUAACUUUAAAGUUUCGUCGUGUUAACACUCUUUCAUUGCAUGGCUUCUUUUCCUAGUUGCUAAUCCAUUUAUUUUUUUCAGUAUAAAUUCAUUGGUGGAGGCAUCAUUCAUGUUCCGUACUCAUUGCUGUGUAAGGUGUUAUUGUUUGCAUUUAAAAGCUGAGUGUGCUUUUUAAUUGAAUGAUAAGGCACUUAUACAUGCAACUUCUAAUUAAGUACAAGAAGUUACAUUUUUUACGUUGUUCAUAUGUAAUGUUUACAUAUUUGUUGUAAGAUUACCACGUCGUAAUCGAGUAUUAUCGCGGUUGCUCAUCAGCAAUUUGUUCAAAUCUAUGCCAUUUUUGUAAAACAUUGACAAGGUAGUAGGCUCUGUAUAUGUUGUUACGAUUAAGUUUGCUCAAUUACAUGAUAUGCUUUCUAUUUAUACAAAAAAUAAAGAAAAACAAAGAGACUUAAAUUUUCAUCCUAUUCGAUCUGCUUGUGCAAGUUUAUGUCACUUUUUAACGUUUUCUUUAACUUAUGUUCCAUCUUGGAAUUAUGUAAAAUUUUAAUUUUAUUUUUAAAAUGUCAAUGCAAAUAGGCUAAGGAGAAAUCAAAUUUCGACACAGUGUUUUCUAUGAAAACAAACUGUGCAUUAUUUAUACUUGUCGGUAAUUUAUUUUCUAGUUUUAAACGUCAUUGUUUUAUUUAUGAUUAUUUUGUUCAAUCAUUAAAAGUGCUAUAUCUCUUAUCAUUUUAGGUUAUUUUAAACGCAAAACAAGUAUAAAUAAUAUUUAUUACUGUAUAUUAUAUGUAUAAAAUUUGUAUGGCUAUAUGAACCUAUUCAAGUGUUAUGAUUGUUAAAAGGUGUAUAUUUCAGAAAAAAUAUAUAUUGAAUACAA